UCAUGUUGAUGAAUUCUAAAACUGGGUAGUCAACAUGUCUACCGCUGCUGCUCAACAAAACAAUAACGAGGAGCCCGGGCUUCACGGCUCUUGGGUAGAGCUGGAGCUGAAUGGGAACACAUCAGGGACCCAGGGCGUGCAGACCAAUCUUCCAGAGACACCCGCUGCAGACCAAAUAAACGCCAAUGCUGGCAUGAGUCAAACUCUGCAGACCUUGGAAGGGGUGCCUGAGAGUGAUGAAACCCUGAUUGGAGGACUAGAGCAUGUGCCCUCCUCCUCCUCGAUCCACAAUGGAGAUAUGGAAAAGAUUCUCCUGGAUGCACAGCAUGAAUCCAGCCAGAGUAGCUCCUCCUGUGAUAGUCCUCACAGGCCACCAAGUCCGGAUCAGGAUGAGGGUCAGAUAACUUUUGAUGUGGAGAUGCCCAGUCCACGAGAUAGUCAGUCAGAUGACGACAGUGCAGAGAAGGACAGAGAGGAAGACAUCCUGAUGAACAAAGAAGUAGACUGGGUCGCUGACUGGUCCAGCAGACCAGAAAACGUUCCACCAAAGGAGUUCCACUUCAGGCACCCGCGACGUUCAGUAUCUCUCAGUAUGAGAAAGAGUGGGGCCAUGAAGAAAGGUGGCAUCUUCUCUGCUGAAUUCCUAAAAGUCUUCAUCCCUUCCUUAUUCAUCUCUCACAUUCUCGCUCUUGGCAUCGGUGUGUACAUCGGGAAGAGAAUCGCCACAGCCUCCACCAGCUCUUACUGAAGAGCAGAUGCAGCAGUGCCUGGAUGUUCUCUUGUCUCCCAGUCUCUCAGCCAUCCUCCUGUAGUCGAGCUGUUUCUCUGCAUCUGCUGUACGCCCACAUUUCUACUUCCAGUCAGCCUUCAAUUCUGUCACAUUGUAGAUGUAGUUGUAGAGUUAUACACAUGACGUAAUGUGGUUGCACUCCAUCACAUUUUUGACACAGGGCAACAUUUUACCCAGCAGCCAGUCACCAACUUCUUCCACCCGUAGAUGACAGACCCUGUUAGAGCUGCAAAGUAUUAGUCAUCCUGUUCAACUCAAAAAUAUGUGACAAGGAUUUGAUGUCGGGUGGCUUGAGGGUUGAAGUUUUCUCCACUUGUUUUGAUGUUAUGUCAUGAAAAAUCUGGACUUCUCCUAAGCGGCAUCUCUCCACUGUUGUCUCAGUUGGCAGAGUGUACGAGCCUAAAAUAUGCGCCAUAUCCACAAAACAACAAAUUGAAUUGGCCCUGGGAACAGAGGGGACUCUAAUCGCCUUAACUUGUUGAGCUAAUCAUUCAAGGUGCAGUUAUUGGAGGGGAAACAGAUGAUGCUGCAGUGGGAUUCGUUUUUAAAUCCCACACAUUUUUGAGAAUAGAAGUUGUAUCACGUUGACUCCUGAGGUUUUCUUUUAAAAGCUUCUUUUUUUUUUUUUUUUUUGGGAGGUUGGAAAGCUUAAACAUUGAUCAAGUGCUCCAGCUUUUUACAGGCGGGUUGUUUGAGUAUAUUAUGAUAGUGGAACCUAGGGCGGAUGGCAAUUUACCAGGCCAUAUGCUAUUUCUAUUUGUUUUUGCCUACAUAUCUUAUUCUUUAACAUAAUAUAGAAGCAAUGGCAAAGUGCCAAAUUUGUAUCUUUCACCACUGCACAUUGGUGAUUUAUCUUAGACUGUUCUUUUUAUUUUCUGAUAUGUUUAGAUAUUUAAAGAUGUCGAUGUGAAAAAUAAUUUAAGCUGUGAUCUGCCCCAUGUAAUAGACACCUUUUGACAUUGUAUACUUUGUUUAUACAUUGAUAUUAAUGCAUAUUAUAUCAUUAUUACCUAGCUUUGUCUCAGUGUAUGUAAUGUGUUUUUGCUGUUGUUUAAUUGCUGAAGUGCAGUGGCAGAAACCACCACAGAGGAAGGUAUUUCCAGGGGCCUCGAUGAAGAGUGUUAUCUGGCUUUUAUGUAGAUUACACUGUGCAAUCAUUUCACAUUAUAUGAUACAAUAAAACGUGUCCAGUGUGUGUAGAACUUAGAGUAAUACUAGAGGAGCAUUUCCUAAUGAAAAUGCAUGUGACAUCUGUAUAUAGAUGCUGAUUGGAUGAGAGGGUGAUUCUUCUGUCAAAGGUUGUAAAUGGAUGACAUUAUAGAAUCAUAUGAAAAAAAUCCUCCACCAUAAUGUACAGUAUUCAAAGCAUUGGUUUGAAAGCUCUCAAGAUGCAUUCAGGCUUUAGUGCAUUAUAUAACUCACAGUAACUCAUAAACUGUCAUCAUCAUAACGGGCUUAUGUACAGUUAAUCAGUGUGCAAUACAGAACAUUUUGAAUAAAGUUUGUACUUUAUACAGCGGCUGAGAUAUAAAUACAAAGAGAGUGGAUAGUGUUCAAUAGACUUUAAUGCAUUAUUUAAGGGAUAACUAAUAAUAUGGCGUAUCAUCAUUAUGGGCUCCAUACAGAGGCUGAGACAUUAAUACAAACAUACAUUUACAUUUUGACAUGAAUCACAAAGAAAAGAAAGAGAGUGUGUGUAAUUGCUGCAUGUCAAGGUAAGUUGUGACAACUCCUACAUCCUCUUCUAAGUCCAUGCCCUUCCCUUCUUAGGUGAGGUUUAAACUCCUCUUCCAACUUAUUGUCCCUUAACUCCUGUGGUAACCUAGCUCUGUUAACACAAUCAUUCCAAAAUAAAUUCCAUAUUACUUA